ACCAGCCGACGCCGACAUGUGUUCUCCAAAGCCGUGUUCGAUUGGGCAGGUCUAUAAACCGUCAGUCAAAAAACGAAAGUUCUUUACAUUUGGCCUGAUUUACUACUUAGAGAUGGACUUCAAAAUUCUUACGAAACCAGGAAUUUUGAAUCUUAAACAGAUGCAAAAUACGGUCAGGGAAUAUUGUGAACAGAGCUACGAGCAUGCAACGACGGUGAUGGGAAUGUCUGAAGAGUACGCCUCUAGGAACUGCCAGGAUGGACUCUACAUUCCAUUGUUGUUCUCUGCAGUUGGUCUAGACAUUGACAAUGUUUUUGCAGCCAAAGACAUGCAAGGCUCCUAA